AUGUUUUGAAAGUGGGGUAUAACUACAUGUUUCGUGAAUGUUAAAAGGUUAACAAUUUUUUUUUUAUUGACUAUUGAUUUGAGAUCUUUUGAACACUGAAGUGAAAAUUCUGUAUUAAUUGGGAUAAAUCAAGUUUAUUAACAAUUUGGAUAUUUUAUUUUGAGAGAGAGGUAACUGCCAUAUGAAGUCAUUCCUUGUUGUUUUUACGUUGAUUAUACCACACUUUAAAGCGCCCAAUUGACAUUGAGUAAAAUUAAAUCGUAAUCGCAAGUGUACAAGUACUUCACCAAAUUGUAAAGGAUAAUGGCAUUACUGUCCAGAAACACGUGUCGACUUUUGGGCUGUUGUCACUUAACAAAAAAUCAGAGCUUUGCCCCACACAACAAACAAAAGAGACUUCGACAUGAGAGGUGGGGAGAAGUGAGGGAGGAGCGGGACUCCCUGAGGUCCGCCCCACAAAAUAACCUACUUCUGGACUUACUUGCCAGCAAUAAACAAAUGGUAAACAGCAAGGACCCCUUCUUCAUGAUGGACUACCUCAUGAAGAACAUUGUAUAUGAGGAUGAGCAUAUGGUUGCCUUCAACAAACCAAUGGGAUUUCCACUAACAUAUAAUCCCUCUAAGAACAUGAAGCAGUCGGACAUGAGAAAUCCAGUAGUGAGUUUGGAUGGACUACUUCCAGAGCUGGCCAGACGACUGUGCUGUUCCACACUACAUGUCACCCUCCCCCUGGACAGAGCAUACAGUGGAGUCAUUAUUCUAACAAAGUCAGAAAACUAUGAUGAAUAUCUGCGAAAGCGAUUUGAAAGCCUGAAAACAACCAAUCAGCAGCCGUACCAACACUGGGAUGUUUUGUGUGUAGGCAUUCCUGAAAAACUGCCUAAAGAAAAACAGAAGUUGCAUUAUAACAAGGAAAAGUUUCAAGACAUUUACCUGCCACAGACAGUAUUUUGCAACCCCAGCAAGACAACCAGAAGGAAAGGGAAUGUUUUCAGCACCACGCUGUCAGGGGAGAUAAUUGGGAGGAAUGAGGAAAAGGGGGCUAGGAGUAGUCAUGUCAGAAUCUCCAUCACCUCAGCCUCAAACCAUGUGAUCCCAGCCUACCUGAGUGAGAGGUUUGCCCCGGUUUUGGGGGACCAGGAAUACUUUUGGAGGGCAGCCACUGUCAUGGGGAAAAACAUAGGGAUACUGAAACAGAUUCCAUCAGCUGGCAUUCCUAGACCCCAGGAACUAUCCAGAGGAAUUCUACACAAUCUGGAAAUCAAGCAAGGUCAUGUACAGAACCUACCAGCAUUUCUCCACCGAUCUGCUGUGGAUAUUGUACAUCUAAGCAGAGUAAAGAAGGACCCAUUCCAAAUACAGGCAGCUUUACCGGACUUCUUCCAAGUGGCCAAGUACAGAUUGCUGAGGGAGGAAGGAUCCGAGGCAGAAUUUUCAGAAAAGUUCAAGAAAAGAUUUGAUUCCUUGACAGACCAGAAAAUUGAUAAAUUUAGCUUUGAGGACUUGCAAAAUAGAACUGUUGAAGGUGUCACUGUGUUGAACAGGGAUUCUUGAUUAAAAUCUGAAUUUAAUAUUUUAAAA